AAUGCACUGCGAUGCGAAGGCGCCUUUCGUGCUGGUGCACAGGACGGGCGGCCUCAUGUAGAGAGAAAUACAAAUUCAGGAAAAUUUAAAAUAACUCGGUUUUUUUUUCUGCCCACGACUUUUUCCCGAACUGUUGUUUUUUUUUUUACAGCUGUCCCGUUUGAUACUGCUUGAGUAUAAUGGCUCCGCUGAGUUUGCUGUCGGUCAGCGCUGUUGUGGUCAGGACUUUGGGUCAGUGGUCCGCUGCAGCUGCUGUAAGGUACUCCUGCAUUGCCCCAACAUUAAAACACUUCAGCACCACAGUUGGAGGCCGUCCGAAAAGGCCGCUCAGCGCAUACAUGCAAUACGUGAAAGUGCAGCAGCCCGUUGUGGUCAGAGAAAAUCCAGAUAUCAAAGUUGUGGACAUUGUCCGAAAGAUAGCGCAGCAGUGGAGGACACUCACACCGGAGCAAAAACGUCCCUUUGAAGAGGCGUCCUCAGCAGCUAAGGAGCAGUACAAACUUGAUAUGCAGAAAUACCAAGCGCAGCUCACCCCUGCACAGACUGCAGCUAUUGCAGAGGAGAGACGGCAGAAGAUGGCAAAAAGAAAAGCAAUCAGGAAGAAGAGGGAACUAAAUACUCUUGGCAAGCCCAAACGUCCCCGGACAGCCUUCAAUAUUUUCAUGGCAGAGCACUUUGAGGAAGCAAGAGGAACUACUAUGCAGGGCAAACUGAAGUCUCUUUUGGAAGACUGGAAGGGUCUCAACACUUCACAGCAAAAAGUGUAUGUGCAGCUAGCAGAGGACGACAAAAUUCGUUAUAGAAACGAGAUGAAGGCCUGGGAGGAGCACAUGAUAGAGCUUGGGAGGGAAGAUCUCAUUCGACGGAGAGAGAAGAGACAGAAGAAGCUGGCGGUGACCAAAGGUGGUAAAAAGAAGACCCGGGUGAAGGUGUUGAAAGCCAAAGCGCCGGCAAAGAAAACGGCGCCAAAGAAAACGGCGCCAAAGAAAUCGACUGCUAGGGCAACUGAAAAAGAGACAGAGAGUAAGCCAAAGAAGUGAGUGGUUAUUUGGAGGGAAGGUAUGUGUUAUGAAAAAGGCAAGCUCCGUCCUGAAUAAAACCCAGUGUUUUAGAA